AUGGCGUUAGACACCCUGUUUGUAGGUAAAAGUGUAAAAAAUUGAGAGCAGUGUAAUGUCGCUGAUUUGAUCAACGUGUGAGGUGGAAAGAAAAGGAAGUUCAUGUCGGGGAAAACAUGGAACUUUCACAUGUCUUUUUGUCAAAAAAAUGCUGAUGAUUUUUUGCUUAUUUUGCUAUAGUUUGUAGUAAGAGGGUUUCCUCUUGGAAGAAAUCUUGUACUUCCUUGCUUACGCAUCGCAACAAGAUGACAAAGUGUGUUGUGUUAACACGGGUUUGCGGAGGAAUCAUAUCAAUUCCUAAAAAUGCUGGAUGUCACUUUGCGAGUGCCGCCAAAAUAUUCAACGACGGUUUUUGCGAGAGGAUACGUAAAAUCAGAAGAGUCGACAAGAGGAAAAGCAGCCUUGCAGAGUUUCAUGUGAUAAAAAAGGUAUCCAAAUGAUUUCUGGAUGACUUUUUGCCACAUGAUCCUCUACAAGACUUUCGUCCGGUCGAUUCUUCUGAUUUUACGUACUUUCUCGCAAAAAUUAUCGUUGAAUAUUUUGCCGGCACUCGUAAAGUGACAGAACAGCAUGUUUAGGAAUUGAUAUGAUUCCUUCGCAAACCUAAUUGGAGAUCUUGGAUGUGUCUGCAAAGAAUUAGUUAAAUUUUUCAAGGGUUGUUUUAUGUCCCAUUUACUGUAGGUGUGAGAAAAAAUUUUUGAUAUCGGCGAAUGUUAUUUGCAGAUAUUAUUUUUUGGGACAUGCAGUGAAAUUUUUCUGGAUUUCAUAUUAUAGUGUUAUUCAUUUUUUCAGCCCGCCUACAGCGUGAUGCCAUCGGUGGACAUCUUUGCCGAGGAAAAGAAGACCGAAUUUGAAGUCUCCACCCAAGCAGAAGGCUUUGGAUUCGGCUCCACGCAACAAGUCCGCCCCAAUUUGCCCCCAAGAAGUGGCUUCGAAGACGCCAAGGGAUUCAAUGCUUUUGGCGAAAAAGACCCGAAAUUCGGCAAGGAUGGCGCUGGCGAUCGCUACAACGAACAGCGAUUCAAGGAGAACAGACGUUUCAGCACUCCGGCCGCGGGAAACGACGUCUUCGGAGCGGGAUUCCAGCCGGAUCAGGCGCAAGAAGGCUUUGGAAGCGGUGGAUUCGGAGCCAUCGGAGAGGCCAAGAAAGAAGACAAGGAGAAUGAUGAUGUGUUUGGAAGGAAACCGGGAUUUGGAAAUGAGAGAGGAGGAUUUGGAGUGGAAAGAAGAGGCGGACACAGAAACAGGGAUGCAUUUGGAGCCGACAGAAGAGCCGGAAGAACCGGUGGAUUCCAGGACGGUAAGAAUUUUUUUUCUUUUGACGGGAAAUUUGAUUUUUUUUUUUUGGAAUGAACCUUUUUUUAACGGAAUAUCAGUCGCAAACGUGCCUUGGAAUCGACCAUCAUCGCUUCUGUGACGGCUAGCCGUAGCUGGAAAUUUGGCACAAAACAGCGGUGACACGUUUUGUUGCGGCAAAUCCACAUUAUUUUCCCGACAGAUUAAUAUUGAAAAUUCGGUGCGGGGCAAUUUCCAGUGGUCAAAAGUGCCUCACAUUACGACCAGGAAGCAUUCCGAAUACUUCCAAAUACUUUCCUCAACCCUGAAAAUCGCGUUAUUUUGAAGAGAACGCGAGAAAGUUGCCUUUUUGAAAGGAAUAGAGAUAAGGAAGCAUUCGAUGUCUCACCGAAUGCUUGCUUAACUCGAAAAAAGGCAACUUUCUCGCCGUCUUUUCAAAAGGAACGCUAUUUUCGGUGAGAGGGAGGUAUUUGGAAGUGUUCAAAAUGCUUCCUGGACGUGAUGGGAGGCACUUUUGACCACUGGAGUGGAAGUUUUUCCGCACUGGACUUGAAUAUUCAUCUGUCGAGAAAAUAAUGUGGAUUUGUCGCAGCAAAGUCUCUCGCCGAUGUUUUGUAUCAAAUUUCCAGCUGCGGCUAGGUGUCACAAAAGCAAUGAUGGGCGAUUCCAAGGCCCGAAAACCCCACAUUAUUUUCCCGACAGACUGGUAAAUUUUCUGAAAAAUACUAUUUUUUUUCGGUCACUGAACGAAAUUUUUAAUUUAAGGUCCUCGCUCUUCCCGCGUCGGAUUCUCGUCCACUGCGCACCCUGCGAACUAUCGCGGCGGCUUCGGUGCCAGCCGAAGCCGGCCCAGAAAUUCGGAAGGCGGAUCCACGGCCGAUGGAUUUGGAAGACAGCGCGGCGAUGGAUUUGGUGGCCCAAGAUCGGAUGGCGGAGGCUUUGGAAGAGACGAUGGAUUUCAAAGAAAGGUCGGCGGAUUCCGUGGUGGAAAAACCUCAUCCGGAUUUGGAAAUAACUAA